AUGGGCUCAAGUGGGCGGGGAGUAAUAAUAUGUAAACAGCAUUCCGUUGUGGUCACUGUGAACGAAAAUGAACCAAUUGAUACUGAAGUAUUUACACCAUCAUGUUCCGACACGGCUGGUGGCGAUUUGUCUUACAGCAUGAAAGCGGGUACCCCAAAGAAACCCUACAAGAAAAAAUUUAAAAUCGAUGCACUAGGAGUUAUCAGAAUAAAGGGCAAAUUGAAUGCAGAUUAUUUACACAAAUUCACGAUUGAUAUAGGAGUUGACAGUAAUUCCGGAGCAAGUGAUGUAAUUUAUCUAGGUAUCAAAGUUUUAGACUAUAAUGAUAAUAAACCAGUCAUCAAAGAUGUAUCACCUUCUAUGACGCUGUCAGAAGAUGCAACCGUUGGUUUUAAAGUUACUACUUGUAGUGCUAAUGAUAAAGAUGAUGAUCCAACUCAUUUUGAAAUAUUAAACCCCACAUCGCCAGAAGCCAGUAUUUGGUAUUUAGAUAGAGGAAGUUGUGAUCUGUAUUUAAAUGGUAAACUUGAUUAUGAAACAAAGACGUCGUACACUCUGAUCCUCCAAGCUGUUGAUUCUGGUGCCCCACCACUAACUUCUGAUCCCGAAAGCAUGGUGAUAAAUGUUGCAGAUGUCAAUGAUAAUUAUCCGGUUUGUCCUAAGUAUUAUAAAGUGGUAAGCUUACAAGAAGAUUAUGGUACUGGAAUUAAAAUAGACGGUAUUACUUGUACUGAUGAAGAUUCUGAUAUUAAUGGUGCAGUCACAUAUACUUUAUCAGUAAGUAAUGAUGCGAGCACAAUGGCCACGUUCCAAGUCAACUCCACUACGGGAGACAUCAGUUUAAAAUCUGAAGUUGAUUAUGAAGAUGUUGAUGAUAACCCACCAACAUGGCCUGUUAAUCCCAUUUUCGAAGAUGUAAGUGAGGUAGCACCUCUAGGAAACAUUGUAUUUACUCUCUCGGCUAAUGAUGCCGACCAAGCUAAUACUAAUGCAUCAAGGAUUAAGUACGAAAUGUUGACACCACCAAAUCCAGAUUGGUUCCAGAUCGACCUAGAAACUGGUGCUGUAUCUGUAAAGUCUAUUAUGAAUAGAUUAACAGCAUCAUCGGUUACUAUGGAUGUCAUAGCCUAUUCAGAUAAAUCUAAAGGUUCCGGGCAGGUUACAGUCAAUGUAACUAUUGUCGAUGAAAAUAAUAUAUCUCCUACAUUCGAGGAGGUGUUUUAUCAAGGAAAUAUAACAGAGAAUGAUGGGGUAGGAACCUAUAUUUUUACUGUUAGUGCAGUAGAUCCUGAAUAUGGUAUAAAUGGCCAAAUAAGUUAUUAUCUUAACUCACCAAUAUUCCAGGUUGAUUUAAACUCUGGAGAUGUUUCUCUUAAAACAUCAGUUGAUUAUGAAACGGAUACUGUCCAUUCUUUAAAAAUCGAAGCAAGAGAUUUGGGAACACCACCACGAUCUGAAUUUGCUUUUCUUUUAAUCAACGUUAAUCCAGUCAAUGAAUUUGAUCCAGUUAUAAUCGGACCAUCAUCUCCUAUUGAUAUUUCAGAGGAUGCAGAGCCAGGAACUGAACUAUUUGAUUUUGAUGCUAAUGACAUGGAUGAUGGUAUGGAUGGUUUUGUGACGUUUUCAAUACAGACAGCCUUAUCGCCAUUUACCAUAGACCCUAACCUGGGUGUAUUUCGUGUUGCAAGUUCCUUAGACAGAGAGCACCAGCCAUCAUGGGAUAUUAUUGUCGUUGCAACAGAUAAUUCUGCCACAAACCCAAAAAGCACAACAACCGUCGUAACCAUUAACCUGUUAGACAUAAAUGAUAACAGUCCUAUUUGUAAUCCAUUAUCCUCUACCACAGUACCACUAGGACACCACAUUAACACCAUUUUAUCCACUGUCCAAUGUAGAGACGCUGAUACCGGAAGCAACGGAGAGUUUACUUUUACCAAGCUUUCCGGGGAUUUCAAAGGAGCGUUUGACGUGGAUACCUCUUCAGGAGAUAUAACUCUUUUGAAAAAACCCACAGAAACUACUUAUACGCUAUCUAUUGAAAUCAAGGAUAAAGGUAACCCACAACUCAGUGUUGUUAUCGCCUUUAAUAUUAUUGCUGAAGUUCAAUUUAAUUUUACUCAGUUACCUACAACAAUGAAUGUUCCAGAAGAUACAUUACCCAAUGAAGAACUGAUAGAUAUUGAUGCCUGCUGUACUCCUAGAAACGUAAAGUAUGAAAUUGUGAAUGGUAACGAAGAUGGUCAUGUUAUCCUAGACCCUUCAUCUGGUAAAUUAAUCUUGAGAAUAAUGUUUGAUUAUGAGACUAAACAAAGUUUUAGUUACCGAAUUCGUGCCAUCAUUGUAUCAUCAAACACAGCAAUUGAGGAAAUCUUAAACGUUAAUAUUGAAGACUCCAAUGACAACGCUCCUAAAUUUACGUCAUCAUUCCAUGAGACAUCAGUGAUUGAAAAUAUUUCACCAUCUACGUCUAUCUUGAAAGUAAAAGCCACAGAUCUCGAUGGUGGUACAAACGGUGAGAUAGUGUACAGUAUCAGUGGUACUGGGGUUAGUGACUUUGGGAUAGAUUCGUCGGGGAACUUGUCUGUAAUAUCGCCACUUGAUGCUGAAACAGUUUAUCAAUAUACACUUGUAAUAACCGCCACCGACAAGGGAGCUGAUCCAAAAAGCAGUAAAACAACAGUUGUCAUAAACGUAAAGAACUAUGAUGAAUUUUCUCCUCAAAUUAUAAACAUGGUUGAUGGUGUGGUUGUUGCUAAUGUUUCUGAAGAUUCGGCAUUAGGAUCUCCUAUCUUUAAAAUUGAAGCAGAAGAUGAAGACAUUAACACUAUUCUGACCUACUCAAUAACUGCUGGGAAUAUAAAUAAUGCUUUUGUUAUUGAUAACUCAACUGGAGAUAUCUUUCUGACGACUAUUCUGGACAGAGAAACUACCCCUCAGUAUAAUAUAACUGUCGAAAUAAACACACAAACUAGUGAAACGGUAUCGGCGCUUGUUGUAAUAAACAUACUUGAUGUAAACGACAAUGAUCCAAAAUUUGAUCAGGAUGUAUACCAACUUGAUGUGACACAUGGAGAUCUGGUAAAUAAAAUUUUGAAAACUUUUAUCAUCGAUGAUGCCGAUAGCGGAACUAGUGCUGAUAUUGCCAGUGUUACUAUUACUGAUGGAGAUCCUAAAAAUCAUUUUAAAAUUGAAGAUACGAAAUUAUUAACGAAUGUGCAGAUAGACUACUACACUGAUAAGUUAUAUAUCCUUACUCUAAAGGCAACUGAUGGUGGAGCGAUACCAAGGUCAGGCUACACUAGAGUUAAUAUCAAUGUUCUUCCUAAAUACAAUCCACCAAAAUUCAUAUCUAAUACUUACAACAAGGGCGUGUUAGAAGAUGUCGUCCCGUCGGAUACAAUCUUUGAUAUGGAUGCCACGUCAGAAGGUGCUACUGAAGGUGUUACAGGAACAAUCACUUAUGUUAUACAAAGUGGCGACUCACACAACGAUUUUGUCAUCUCAGAAACAACUGGCAUCAUAUCAAUAGCCUCCGAAAUCGACUUUGAACGUAAUAAGUCAUACGAACUAGUAAUUAUAGCAAAGAGUAAAGAAGACCCUCUUUUGACUUCUUCAUCAACAUUAUCGCUAUCUAUACAGAAUGUAAAUGAUAACCGUCCUAUUUUCAAUAAGCAGUUAUAUGAUUUCAAUGUCGAUGAGAAUGCCGUUGCUGGAGUAAUCGUUGGGACAGUAAUUGCAACAGAUGCAGAUGUAUCACCCUUCAAUUUAUUUACAUACAGUCUUGGUAGUGCGACUGGUUCAACAGAUUUUAUUAUUGACGAUGGUGGUAACAUUAAAGUGGACAAACCCUUAUCGUUUAUCACUCAGAGCAUCUACAGUAUACCAGUAAUAGCUGACGACGGAGCUCACCAAACCUCCUCAUUAAUAAUCAUCAGGAUUAAUGAUAUAAACAACAAUUCUCCUACGUUUUCACCCAGUUCUUUCAGUGUGGGUGUUGUGGAAUCUAUGGGUAUUGGGAACACGUUUUAUACUGUAAAAGCCCAGGAUUUAGAUACUGGUACCAACGGAGAAAUCCAGUAUGCUUUAGUCUCUGGUAACUUUGGAAACCAUCUUUCGCUCGAUCCAAUUUCAGGAUCUUUAACAGUUGCCUCAAACCUCGAUAGAGAGGUUCAUGACAGGUUUGAUUUGGUAAUUCGAGCUGAAGAUAAAGGUGUACCAUCAGCUCUUUCUGGUACAUUGUCACUUACUGUGAAUGUUGCAGAUGUAAAUGAUUUAAAUCCAACGUUUACCUCAUCUAUUGAAGAUGUUACUGUUGACCGGUUCGCAGCACCUGGCACGUCAGUUCUUGCCAAGACAGCUACUGAUGGUGAUCUGGGAGAUAAUGCUGUCAUAGUUUAUGAAAUAACCAGUGGAAAUGAUGAUGAAGUUUUCCUUAUUGACGUUUCAAGUGGAUUUAUUAAGACAGCUGCUGACCUUUCGGGUGCCAAAAACGAAUACACCCUCGUUAUAACUGCUAAAGAUAAAGGCAUUCCACCCCGAUCAGGAACACUAACAGUCAAAAUACAGAUCAUACCACUACUGUCUUUAGCACCCAGUGAUCAAACAAUGCAAAUUGAGGAAGAGUUGAAAUUGGGAGUAUCGGUCGGUUUGGUUUCCCCAACUCAUAGUGCUAGUGCCGUAAACUACCAAAUCAUCAGUGGCAACUUUAAGAACAGUUUCAAUAUGAAUCCGUCAACUGGUGAGAUUACCACAGCUAGAAAACUGGAUCGUGAAGAAUAUGAGACCUAUAUAUUAACUGUUCAUGUGACUGAUUCUGGAUCUGUUGACUAUACACACACAGUCACAGUGGAGGUUCUAGAUAUCAACGAUAACGAUCCUGUUAUAACGACUAGUGAUACUAAUAUUAACGUAGUGGAAAAUACACCUGCUGGACAGAUUGUUGCAGGUUUUACUGUAAAUGAUCUUGAUGAUGGUGAUAAUGGGUUGGUGGAUCUGAAAAUAUCAACUGUACCCUUAGCCGCUAGUACGUAUUUCGAAACCGACGGUAAUUUACUGAAGAUAAAACAAGCUUUAGAUUAUGAAUCAACAACAUCUAUAACUUUCCAGAUUCUGGCCGUGGAUCGAGGUAAUCCACAACGUACUGGUACUAUAGAAGUUAAAGUGAAUGUGAUUGAUGUUGAUGAUGGUGUGGUAUAUACCGAAGACGGUGAAGCUCCCUCAAUAUAUAUGUCUCGUGAAACAUCAUUUUAUGCAGCUGAUGGGGAAUAUGUGACGACUGUGACAUCGGCAGAGUACAGUAUGGAUGCCAACAUUGGUCCGUUUUCAUUUAAAUCAUUAAACAGAGAGGGUAUAUUUUCUGUAGCAGAAGAUGGUGUGGUUAUAGUGCGAAAGAGAGGACUGUUAGAACCAGAUACGAAAUAUUUUGUAUGGAUUGUUGUCACAGCUGAAAAUGGUGGUGAUGAGAAAAGUGUUCUUGGUUUACUUCGAGUUGACACAUUUCACCCAAAUAAACACAAGCUUGACGUUUUGUUUCCCAAUGAUCAACCAAGGAUUUGGAAAAUUCAAGAACAGGGAGGACCAUCAAGAAGAAAAUUAUUGGUGGCAAGCUCUGAAACUCUUAUUUAUGUGGUAGAAGGACAACCAUUAGAAGAUAUAACCGAUGUAAAAGCCACGAAGACAUUUAAAGAUGUGAACUCACUGUUAAACAUACUUCGAGCUGAUCCUGAUGAAGACACACCUAAAAGUUCUCUGGUAUCAAACAAUUAUCCAGUAACAGCUGUCAAUCCUUAUUCUGAAGUAAUCUCAGAUGGUGAAGAACCCGAGGAGAGUUUUAUAGCAUCUACUAGUGGAAUAAUAACAAUAGUUAUGUUGUUUUUAGUCCUUCUGAUCAUCAUUAUUAUUAUUAUUGUUGUCAUUAUCAUUAAAAAGAAGAAGCGUCAGAGAGAAAAUAUGAAUGAAUCAUCUGAAGAAUUGAUGCCACCAGAACCUGCAAAAAUUCCGAGGAAGAACGAAAUCACCAAACCAAUUGGCCUUGGUUUAAUGAAAGAGAAGAAAGAGAAACAAAAGAGCAACAAAACAACUACAAAAACAUCUCUUGGUACAUCAGACUCUUCUCUAUUUUUACAAGGAAAUAAACGAACUACCAGUAUUUCACCAUCAAGACUUACACCAGUAACACCAGUGGGUACACCUACACCACGAACACCAUCCGAAAUUGAAAUAGCUGAUGAAAAGUCUAGUAAAUCUACAAAAUCAGGAAGAUUAAUACAAUCUCUACCACAAAGAAAAGCUAGUACAAUAGAUCCUGUAAGUGGUAUCAAUAAUGACUCUGUUGAUAAAACACCAGUGAUUGCCAAACGACAUGAUGGUCCAAUAGUAAAUAGAGGCAAGGAAUAUGAUGGAGUAGCAUAUGAUCAAGAAAAGGGACAGCGAUAUGCCUACAAUACUAGGACUGGUAGUACAUUGUGGGAAGAGAAAGACAAAGGUUUGGGAACAGGAUCAUUGGCUAGAAGACAAAAGAAGAGAGCUCAACCUAAAUUAACAGUAGUUGGUGAAGCAUCUGACAGUAAUACAUUAAAUCUAAAUCUAAAUAGAUCUAUUCCAAUGACCAAUAAGUAAUCUAGAUUUUGUGUUGUAUAAUAUUUGAUUGUGCAUCCAUGCUAAUAUAAUAUUCUACAAUUUUUAUUUACAUCUACAUUUAUAUUGUGAUAUUUCUACAUGUAUAUACUCUAAUCUUUUUGCUCAUUUUAUUCAUAUUCAUUUACCAUUGUCCAGAGAUUAACUCAUUAAAAUAUAUUGUAUUAU